AUGGCUGAGUUCCCCAAGCACCCGUUCCUCCUCUCCGUCGGCGAGACAGCCGACGCCCUCUCCACCGAUGUCGACAAGGGCCUCACCUCGGCGCAGGUCGCUCAGGCGACUGAAAAGUAUGCCAAAAAUGAGCUCGAUGUGGGCGGCACCAUUGCCUGGUAUAGUAUCCUGACGAAGCAAAUUCUCAAUGCCAUGAUUAUUGUCCUCGUUUUUGCCAUGGCCCUGAGCUUCGGCAUCAAAGAUUACAUCGAGGGCGGUGUUCUUGCCUGUGUCAUUUUCCUCAACGUCACCAUCGGCUUCUGGCAAGAGUACCGCGCAGAAAAGCGCAUGGACGCACUUCGCGCCCUCUCGUCCCCCAGUGCCAUGGUUCUCCGUGACGGCAAGACCCAAGUCAUUUCCAACCCCGACGUCGUGCCCGGCGACAUUGUCCUCCUCAAGACGGGCGACACCGUCCCUGCCGAUCUCCGUCUCUUUGAAGCCAUGAACUUGGCCUGUGAAGAAGGCCAGCUCACUGGCGAAUCGAUCCCCGUCGAAAAGAUUGUCGACAAUAAUAUCCACACCCCUGGAACCGAAAAGCUAGCGACCUCGGAGCAGGAAGUCGGAAUCGGUGACCGCGUCAACAUGGCUUACGCCACCACCGUCGUCCGAAAGGGCCGUGGUCGUGGUAUCGUAACUGCCACUGGUAUGAGCACCGAGGUCGGCAAGAUUGCCGCCUCCACCUCCAAGAAGCAGCGCAAAGCCGGCCGCUCCAUGAACUGGCGCAAGUAUGGCAAGCGCCAGCCAGUUGUUGGCCUGGCUAGACGUACUUACGAUGUUAUCGGCAAGUUUUUGGGUUUGACUGAGGGCACUCCUCUUCAGCGAAAACUAUCAGCCCUUGCCUACGUCCUCUUUGGUUGUGCCAUUAUCCUAGCCAUGGUCGUUUUUGGCGUCAACCACUUCAAUCUUCGCAAUGAAGUCAUCAUCUAUGCCACCUCUCUCGGUAUUGCCAUUAUCCCUGAGUCCCUUGUCGCUGUCCUUACAAUCACCAUGGUCGUUGCUGUCACUGUCAUGCGCAAGGCCAACGUCGUCGUGCGCGAUCUCUCUGCACUGGAAGCCCUCGGCGGUGUCACCAAUAUUUGCUCUGACAAGACUGGUACCCUUACCGAGGGUGCAAUGAUUGUCCGCAAGGCUUGGAUUCCCAGCAGUCACAUUUACACUGUGCACGAUUCGCAGAGCCCUAAUGACCCAACCAAGGGUCGCGUCACAUACGCUCUCAACAAAGACGAGCCCGUCACUGAGGCGCCCAAGCGAGAUUACGACCGUGAGCGCAGUGCUGCUGUUCUCAAGUUUGAUGUUCCUGACGAGAAGCUCAACCCCAAGAGUGAAGCUGAGCCAGCCCCAGCUGAAACGCCGUGCGAAAUGACGGAUGAGCUGAAGGCAUUCCUGCUCUCGUCGUCUCUCUGCAACCUAGCCACCGUUCGCUUUGACAAGGAAGAAGAAAAGUGGCAGACCACUGGUGAGCCCACCGAGGUUGCACUCCAAGUGUUUGCUCACCGCUUCAGCCUUGGAAAGAAGUCGCUCGAGGGCCAGGGCUGGAAGCAGCUAGCCGAGUUCCCCUUUGACAGUUCCAUCAAGCGCAUGUCCGUCAUCUAUGAUGCCCCCGCAGGCGAGAAUGGCUCAAUUAUUGAGACCGCCACCAGCAUGGUCUUUACCAAGGGCGCGGUCGAGCGCAUUCUAGAUCUUUGCUCAUACGUGGGGACUGGCGCUGACCAGCAGCCCGUCACCGACGAACUCAAGGAAAGCGUUCUCCAGCAGAUGAACAGGCUAGCCUCUCAGGGCCAGCGCGUCCUUGCCAUUGCGUACCGCGCAUGGGAUGGCAAGUUCACCGCAAAGCAGUCGUCCAGUGCCGCCGAAGACGAGAAGCUCCGCGGUGAAGUCGAACAGAACCUCACUUUACUCGGCCUUGCUGGUAUCUACGAUCCCCCACGUCGCGAGACCAAGCCCUCCAUUGCCGAGUGCUCCCAAGCCGGUAUCAAGGUACACAUGCUCACUGGUGACCACCCCGAGACUGCCAAGGCCAUUGCCAAGGAAGUCGGCAUCAUCCCCAAGAACCUGGGCGUUUUACCCGACAGUGUUGCCACCUCUAUUGUCCAAAAGGCCACCGACUUUGACAAAAUGUCAGACGCCGAGAUUGACGCGCUGGAAGAGCUUCCUCUGGUUAUCGCUCGUUGUGCUCCGGACACCAAGACUCGCAUGAUCGAGGCUCUGCGUCGCCGCGGUGCCUUUAUGGCCAUGACUGGUGAUGGUGUCAAUGACGCCCCUUCUCUGUCCCGUGCCGACGUCGGUAUCGCCAUGGGCUCCGGUUCUGAUGUUGCCAAGUCGGCCUCCAAGAUUGUGCUGACUGACGACAAAUUCAACUCUAUUGUCGCUGCCAUUCGGGAAGGUCGCCGCAUGUUUGACAACAUUCAAAAAUUUAUUCUUCACUUACUCACGUCCAACGUUGGCGAGGUCAUUCUUCUGGUUGCCGGCCUGGGCUUCGUCGAUCGCGAUGGCUUCUCCGUGUUUCCCAUUUCCCCUUUGCACAUCAUCUGGAUCAAUAUGGUCACUUCAUCGUUCCCCGCCUUUGGUCUCGGUCGUGAGCCUGCUGCCCAGGAUGUCAUGCGCAAACCUCCUCAGGACAAGCGUCGCGGUGUUUUCACCAACCAGAUCAUUGUUGACAUGGUCAUCUAUGGCAUCAUGAUGGGUGCCUGCACCAUGUGCACUUUUGUCAUCAUCAUUUACGGCCGUUAUAAUGGCGACCUUGGUGCAAACUGCAACACGGCGUAUUCUGACGAGUGCCAGCCUGUGUUUAGAGCCCGUGCUGCCACCUUUGCGGAGCUUACCUGGUUGAUUCUUAUCUCUGCUUGGGAGUUUAAGAGCCUCCGCCGUUCCAUGUUUCGCCUCAACCCCGAUGAUGACAGCAAGUUUCCCUUCUUCAAGGACGUUUACAGCAACCGCUUCUUAUUCUGGUCCGUCAUCUGUGGUGCUCUAUCGGUCAUCCCCGUUGUGUACAUUCCGGAGUUGAACACCAAGUUCUUCAAGCACGCGCCCAUUUCCUGGGAGUGGGCACUGUCGGUCGGGUUCACGAUUGUUUUCGUCGCUGGUAUUGAGGGCUGGAAGUUUGCCAAGCGCCAGUUCGGUCUGCUCCAGGAUCGUGCCGUUCAGCGUGGUGCCUGGGGCCAGGGAGGGCCUGAUGAGUCAGGAGUCAAAUUUCGCAAGACCAUGUCCAUGUCGAGCUUCAAGACGUGGGCGUCAUUCUCGCGCAAAGAAACGGGUGAGACAUUGUCCAAGAGCAACACUCAGAUGUCUGGCGCCAAAAAUUCUAGCAUGGCUUAA